UGUUUCUAAUACCAGAACAGCUGAGCUUUGAAAAGCAUGAUGGAAGCUGGAGAAUCGGCUGCCCCAGCUAACAUCUUAGAGGAUGAUAAUGAAGAAGAAAUAGAAAGUGCUGACCAAGAGGAGGAAGCUCACCCCGAAUUCAAGUUUGGAAAUGAACUUUCUGCUGAUGACUUGGGUCACAAGGAAGCUGUUGCAAACAGUGUCAAGAAGACUUCAGAUGACCUUGAACAUGAAAACAAACAAAAAGGUAACCAAACAAUUCUCAGGCAUUUUGCUUCAUUAUGACACACCCACGUGUGCCCUCUAAUAUGAAACCUUUUGUACUAGGUGCUGUUACUCUAUCUCUCCAGCCAUGGAAUGUCAAGCUUAGUGUAGUCUGUGAGUCCAUAAUAUUUGGAGUAAAGCCCUAUCUUUUACUGUCUAAAUACUAAGUUUGAAGAAAUUAGGGAAAAAUCUAAUCACAGUCCUCCCCAAAAUGUUUAUGGAAACACUCUGCUCUUGAAUAUAUUUUCAUCUCAUUAUUAGGAUCUUCAAAGGAAAGAAUAAUCACACUGUAAAAUGA